AAAUGACCGUACGAGGAGAAACGUUAGAUCAGCUGUGCUCUAAAGUAGCUCCGACCGCGUUAAGCGUCGCAUUCGUGAAUUUUCUCAGUGUUGUCCGCGCGCUCGUCAUAAUUUUCGGAAAAACGAAUCGCCCAAUCUCGAGUCAAGAAAAAGACCGUGCGGCAACUGUAGGAUCGUCAGUUUCGUGAAAGACGACUUAUUUUGCAAGCGAGGCAUGACGGGAACAGGUGACAAUAGAACCUCGCCAUGUUAGAUUUCACGAGAUUGCGGAUUGAGUGCUAGUACGAGAGGAUAUAUUUCGUUUAGUGCAAGCUUUCCCGGUGUUGAUCUACUUGAAAAUCAUCCAAGCUGGAUAGAUUACCCGAGUAUCUCCGCGAUACCGUGGACUGGUUUAUGGGGAGCGUCAUUGACGUCCAAUGGCCACGUCAAGUUGGCCCUAGAAACAGAAGCGUCUUCUGAAAGAGAAUCAUCCCAAUCGCCAUCGAGGAACCACAGGGUCAUCCUGACCGGGAUCAUCGGAUAAGACUGACUUCCGUGAUUAACUUCGGGAGCGAUCCGAGGUCCCUUCCGAUUGAAGCCAAAGAGUUCAAUGAUAAGGAAACAAGAUUUGGUGCAUACCUAGCGUGCGCGAGAAGACCGCCGGCAUCGGCGUGGAGUCCACGGUGCCAGCAAGACGUUCCUCAUCAACGUCUUCGGCCAUGCUGCGCUCACCUGCACGUGGGGCAGUGGCCCUCCUGGACAACUCCUCGGCAUCUUCUGCACCGUCCACACCAGUUCACAAUUCCUCGUCCGCAGCUACCGGAAGUACCACGGUAUCCUCCCGUCUAUCGCUCCUUGACACCUGCCACAGGAAGAUACGCCUCUUCGGCGAGCUAGUCGCAAAGGCCCGAAAAAAGGACAAGGAUGCGGGAACUACUGAAGAUCCGAAAUUGUAUCUCGAGGAGGCGGCUCUCGAGAGACAGCUGCCUGAGCUGGACCUGAGGAUGCUGGUCGACCUUCCACCCGGUUUAGAUUACAACGAAUGGCUGGCGUCGCACACUCUAGCACUAUUCGAUCACAUUAAUCUCGUUUACGGCACCAUAUCCGAGUUUUGCACUACUACUGGAUGCCCUGACAUGACAGGGCCUGGCUUAAGAAUGUAUUUGUGGUAUGACGAGAAGGGAAAGAAAACACGGGUGGCAGCGCCACAGUACAUUGAUUACGUUAUGACAUUCACACAACGCACUGUCAGCGACGAGACUAUAUUUCCUACAAAAUAUGCAAACGAAUUCCCUAGCUCGUUCGAGUCGAUAGUGCGUAAGAUCCUGCGGCUACUGUACCACGUCGUGGCACAUAUUUACCACUGCCACUUUCGCGAGGUGGCACUCUUGGGACUGCACGCUCACCUAAACUGUGUAUUCGCCCACCUCACGCUCCUUAAUCAACGCUUCAACCUAAUCGAUCCUAAGGAAACAGAGAUCCUGGGGGAUCUAGAGGCUGCCUUACUAGGCGACUCGACGUCCGCGCCUUCGCAAACCCCAGCCAUCCAGGAGACUCCAACCACAACCACCUAGAUAAAUGAUGCCAGAGAGCAAUGCAGAGGUUGCAGUUCCUGAGACUAGGUAACGAUAGGGAUUUGUUUCUUUUUUUUUUCCUGGGCUAGUAGUACGUCGUGAGGAUGGCUCACGACGUUCGCGAAAUAGUUCAGUACACGCAGGUGGAGCGAAAGUGCAGUUCUGUAAAAACCAGUAGUACCUGUAAAUAGCGAAGUGUGAACAACUACAUGAUGUAAUUAGGUUCCUCCGUUUGUUGUUUGUGAGAUUGUAAAUAAUUUAUUAAAUGGUAAGAUAUACGAGAGAGGAGAGAGAGGAUGAAUCAUUGAUUAUUAUUGACAAAGUUAGUUGCUAUAAGAGAUAAUUUGUUCUGUA